AUGGUGUUUUUCAAUUUUUGGUCAGUACUUCAAUGGUAUUUAAGGCCAGUCAUAAAAUGGUUUUUACGAAAGACUACACAACUAUGCGAACUUCAAAGAAUAUGCUAUGGUGAUAGAGUUGGAGCUCAAAGAACAUGUAACAUCGAACAAUCAUUGAUGUUGUCAAGAACUCGGGACGUUAAGGAAGUUGUAUCAUUUCUAGAUGCUGUAGUAAAAGAACGUAAGUUUAUUCCCACAAGCUUUCGGGAAAUACUUGAUCCAUCUAUAAACAUUAUUUUAAGAGUUAAAAAGAUUAAUCCUAAACUUCACGACGCCUUUAUUCCCUCUUUUCGACGAUGCUUGCAACAAAUUUGGAGUUACAGACAACUCCAAGACGAAAUUGAAGAGUUACGUAGAACGCAAUACGAUAGCAACAAUCUAGAUCAUGAAGAUAAAUUAUUGAAAUUGUGGACCUUACUCGUACCUGAUAAACCUUUACAGGCGCGAAUAACAAAGGAAUGGCAAUAUAUUGGUUUUCAGGGUGAUGAUCCAAAAACUGAUUUUCGUGGCAUGGGACUUCUUGGCCUGGAAAAUUUAUUAUAUUUUUCUACAGAAUAUCCAGAGGUGUCGAGGCAUGUUUUAAGCCAUUCUGUUCAUCCAAAAUAUGGUUACACUUAUGCAAUUGUUGGCAUCAAUUUAACAUCAAUGGCUUAUUAUCUUCUUAAAGAUGGUUCUGCAAAAACUUAUAUGUUUAAUGUCAAGCAACAUUUGCCUAGUAUUAAUUUAUUUCAUAAGUUUUAUUGCUACUUAUUUUAUGAGUUUGAUAAGUUGUGGAUAGAAUCAAAGCCUGAAAACAUGAUGGAAUUCUCAAUAAUUUUCAAGAAAUUUGAAAAUGCAAUUCGCACUGAAUUAGCUGACCCAGCAUCAGUGUUCAGAAUAAAUAUUGAAGUUGACACUAUA